AUGGCUUCCUCCUACAGCUUCUCAUCGUCCCUCAAUCGAUCAAGCAAGAAAUCAAUAGUGAACGAUCCAAAAACUUGUGAUUGUGGGUUCCCUGCACGUAUUUUAAUGUCAACAACACCAAAGAAUCCAGGGAGGCAUUUCAUGGUAUGCAAUGAGAGUAAAUGCAAAUAUUGGAAAUGGUUGGAUGUAGAACCUAUACAAAUGCCUGUAAUGGAAGUGGUGGAGGGAAUGAAAGCUGAAUUAGUAGCAUUGAAGACCAAAGUAGAGAAGGUGAAGGAAGACAUGGAACAAAUGAAGAAGGAAAAAUGUUGUUUGAAUGGAAUGAAGGCAUUAUCUUAA